AUGAUAUAGAACAUGGUGGGCACAUACAGGGUAGACGAUAUAGAACAUGGUGGAGGCAUACAGGAUAGUAGUUAUAGAGCAUGGUUCAAUAUGAAUCUAAAGUAGUUGUAAAGUGGAUUACAACUUCCAGAAACAGGCUAGGAGAUCAUGCAAAAGUUGGGAGUUAUUACAAAUCAUGACAGAUUCAGAUCAUGGUCAGUUUGACAUGACUACAUUGGUUGUCUCUGUCCAGGUAAAGAUGUCGCAGGUGAAGCAGGUGGGACUGCUGGCUGCUGGGUGCCAGCCAUGGAAUAAAGAUGUGUGUGCAGCCAGUGGAGACAGAUUUGCUUACUGUGCUACGCUUGCUAUCUAUGUCUACCAGCUGGACCACAGAUACAAUGAAUUUAAGCUGAGGGCCAUCAUGUCAGAGCACAAGAAGACCAUCACGGCCAUAAGCUGGUGUCCACACAACCCUGAAGUGUUUGCCAGUGCCAGCGCAGAUAACCUGCUCAUCAUCUGGAACGUAGCCGAGCAGAAAGCAGUCGCUCGAUUGGACAACACUAAAGGUAUCCCUGCUUCUAUAAGCUGGUGCUGGAACACGGGUGACAGUGUAGCGUUUGUCUCCCACCGUGGUCCUCUAUAUGUUUGGGCCGUUUCAGGGCCGGACUCAGGGGUCACUGUACACAAAGAAGCCCACAGCUUCCUAUCAGACAUCUGCCUGUUCCGCUGGCACCCACUGAAGAAAGGCAAAGUGGUGUUUGGCCACACAGACGGGAGCCUAUCUGUGUUUCAGCCAGGCUCAAAGAACCAGAAGCAUGUAUUGCGUCCAGAGUCUCUGGAGGGGACCGAUGAGGAGGACCCGGUCACUGCGUUGGAGUGGGACCCCCUUAGUACGGAUUAUCUGCUGGUGGCUAACAUGCACAAUGGCAUAAGACUGCUGGACUCUGAGUCCCUGACCUGCGUGACCACAUUCAGCUUACCCAGUGCAGCUGCGUCUGUUCAGUGCCUGGCCUGGGUACCCACAGCACCAGGCAUGUUCAUUACAGGAGAUUCUCAGGUUGGUGUGUUAAGGAUAUGGAAUGUGUCGAGAGCGACACCUCUAGACAAUUUAAAACUGAAGAAGACAGGAUUCCACGCUCUCCAUGUGUUGAACUCCCCACCAGCAAAGAAAGCCUUUAGCUCUGUUUCCCCAUCCAAGAACCACUACACUUCCUCCACCAGUGAAGCAGUUCCUCCCCCUACUCUGUCCCAGAACCAGGCCUUCUCCCUUCCACCUGGACAUGCCGUCUGCUGCUUCAUGGAUGGUGGGGUGGGUCUCUAUGACAUGGGAGCCAAGAAGUGGGACUUCCUCCGAGAUCUGGGUCAUGUAGAAACUAUAUUUGACUGUAAGUUCAAGCCAGACGACCCAAACCUGCUCGCCACAGCUUCCUUUGAUGGGACAAUCAAAGUGUGGGACAUCAACACUUUAACUGCAGUUUAUACAUCUCCUGGCAACGAAGGUGUUGUCUACUCCCUCUCCUGGGCUCCUGGAGACCUGAACUGUAUAGCAGGGGCCACAUCUAGGAACGGGGCAUUCAUCUGGGACGUGAAAAAAGGAAAAAUGAUCACAAGAUUCAAUGAGGCAAGUAAAAGUAGCUCACAUGGGAAGAACGGCAUCUUUUGCAUUGCUUGGAGUCAUAAGGAUUCAAAAAGAAUAGCCACAUGCAGUGGGGAUGGGUUUUGUAUAAUUAGAACCAUAGAUGGCAAAAUAUUACAUAAAUACAAGCACCCAGCAGCUGUGUUUGGAUGUGACUGGAGUCAAAAUAACAAAGACAUGAUAGCAACUGGAUGUGAAGAUAAGAAUGUAAGGGUCUAUUAUUUGGCUACCAGCUCAGAUCAGCCUCUGAAAGUGUUUACAGGUCACACAGCCAAAGUGUUCCACGUGCGCUGGUCUCCUCUCCGAGAGGGCAUCCUCUGCAGCGGUUCAGAUGAUGGGACGGUGCGUAUUUGGGACUACACCCAGGAUGCUUGUAUUAAUGUACUGAGUGGACACACAGCCCCUGUGCGAGGGCUCAUGUGGAACUCAGAGGUCCCAUACCUGCUGACCUCAGGGAGCUGGGACUACACCAUCCGUGUGUGGGAUACCAGAGAUGGGACCUGUCUGGACACUGUCUAUGACCAUGGAGCUGAUGUCUAUGGUCUGACGUGCCAUCCCAGUCGCCCCUUCACAAUGGCCUCCUGCUCAAGAGACUCCACCGUCCGGCUUUGGUCCCUAACACCUCUCAUCGCUCCACUGCUUGUCAACAUCCUCACUGACCACAGCUGGGAUGACAUCAUAGGAAACACCGAUCGGGCGAUGGUCCCUGGUGCUCCUCCUCUCCUCUGUGGAAAAGUCUCCAGAGACAUCAAGCAGGAGUUGGACAAACUCUCCAGUGACGUUUGCACAAAGAAGCUCCGCUGGUUCUCCGAAUGCUUCUCGCCUCCAGGAGGGAGCCAUAACCUGUGGGAUUUGGUGGCUGUGAUAAAUGGGCAAGACGACAGCCUGCUGCCUCAAAACUAUGGCCAGGGUAUCAUGCAUAUGAAACACCUUGUACGCUUCAAAACGUCUGAAGCCCAAGAGCUGACCAUAGUGAAAAUGUCGAAGUUUGGGGGAGGGAUUGGAGCACCCAGUAAAGAGGAGAGACUAAAGGCUGCAGCUGAAAUCCACCUGAGAUUGGGCCAGAUCCAGAGAUACUGUGAACUAAUGGUGGAACUGGGAGAGUGGGAGAAGGCAUUGUCUGUGGCGCCUGGAGUGUCCAUGAAAUACUGGAAGAAACUGAUGCAAAGGAGAGCAGAUCAGCUGAUGCAGGAGGGCAAUGAUGAUGUCAUCCCAUACUGCAUCGCCACUGGCGACGUGAAGAAGCUGGUGAAUUUCUUCACUUCCAGAGGCCAGCUGAAAGAGGCUCUUCUGGUGGCACAGGGAGCUUGUGAAGGGAACAUCCAUGGACCUCAGAUUUUCUCCAUCAACCACUCUGCAGGCCCAGACAACGAUAACAUUGAGACAUAUACUGGGCUGUUACAUGGAGUGUGUAAAGAACUGGCAGAGUGGUAUUUUCAGGAUGGACGUGCAGUACUGGCCGCCUGCUGUCAUCUGGCAGUGGAUAACACAGAGCUGGCGAUGGCAAGUCUGAUCAGAGGCAAUGAGCUGGAGCUGGCGGUGUGUGUGGGGACAGUGCUGGGAGAAUCAGCCAGCCAGGCCACUCACUAUGUCCUGGAACUGCUGGCCAGGAAAUACAUGACCACAGCCACAUGCUUUCCAUUUGUCGGAAACAGGGACCUGGCUGUCAGGCUGCUGCAGAUGAUUCCUGAUAAUGAGAUCCUUUUAGCCAAACUGUGUGCCUUCUACCCUGGCAGCUCCGCUGAAAUCAACGACCUGCACGAAAAGUGUGGUUUGCCAAGCUUGGAGGAGUGUAAAGAGCUGGCAGAGGCAGCGCAGGAUGAGGAAGAAAUCCUCCAGGCAGUGAAGUAUUACCUGCUCAGCCCCGAACCAGAAAAAGCCCUGCCUAUUGGAAUCACAUUUGUCAAAGAGCAGUUGAGCUGUCCUGAUUGGACUGUGGACUCAGUCUUUCCAACUCUGGACCUCUUGAGCUACAUCAGGACUGACCGGCUCAUUCUGACCAAGUGCAGCGAGGACCGGAACGAGCUGCUGAUUCUCUGUGGCUAUAUCGGAGCAUUGCUUGCCAUUGGACGGCAAUACUCCAGCAUAGUGCCGGCACUGUAUGAAUAUACGAGUCAGUUGCUAAAACGGAGGGAAGUGGCUGUUCCUCUGCAGAUUGAACAGCUAUCAGUGGAGCUGGAGGCCUGGAGAGCCUGCACACACUCACUCAACAAAGGAGCAGAGGAGACGCUUUACACUCCCCCGACGGAGGCGCAGAAGGCUGAAUACAGCCAACUCCUGAGCCGAAUGAGGGAGGAGCCUUUGAGGGGCCUACAGGGGCCUGACUACGUCACAGGCUCCAGCUUGCCUAGCCACUCCGACGUACAAAUCUCUUGCUUUACAGGCCUCAGGAUACAGGGUCCAGUGUUCUUCCUGGAGGACGGCAAGUCAUCCAUUUCACUCAAUGAUGCCUUGAUGUGGGCCAAGGUGAACCCUUUCUCUCCGCUGGGGACAGGUAUACGCAUCAACCCCUUCUAAGCACACAGGCAACCACUUACGCACAUACACACUCAUGCUCACACACACACACAAAUAAGAAGAGUGCAAACAGUAUUCAGUCCAGUCAAGGACAAGGACAUCAGCAUUUAACAUAGAGGCUUUGGACCUCUAUUCUCUGAGAGAAAAUGGACAUCUGUG